AAUACCAGCAGGAAAAGGCUAUGUCAUCACAGUAAAAAAGGGGUGUGGCAUACUGCCACUAUGACACGCCCACUAAUAUGCCUCUACGAAGUUUGAUCUUGUUCUAGUCGCAGAACAUUUCAUUCUAGUUGUAGAAUAACCGCGGCGCUGUUUUUGAGACAGAUAUUUUUUUGACUAGGUAUUGUUAGUGUGAAAUAACUUUGGUUUUCAAUCUGUUAAAGUCAAACACUCAACACAAGAGCCGUAUUGUUUAGGCUGAGAGCCAGGCUGCGAAAUGGACAGAUAUGAUCUAAGUGGCAGACGUGCAGCCGUGAUCAUGUGCGGUGGGGGAAGACCGGGCUCUGAGUACGAUGUUGAGAGAAUAAAGGCGCUCUGCAAACAGAAUAAGUUUCCUGGACCUAGUUAUAGUGUUAAAUGCAAAACUAAAGAGGACGUAACUGAUGCACUGAAGUCAUUUCGAAACAACCUGAGCAAUGACGUCAGUUGCCUCGCAAUGUUCAUCAUGGCCCAUGGUGGACUUGGACACAUUGAAGUCAAUGACGAAGAGAUUCUAGAUCUAGAAGAUAUCUACAAGAUGUUUAGCAACAGCCAGUGUCCAGCCCUCCGUGAGAAACCCAAGCUCUUUGUUGUGCAGGCCUGUAGGGGAGUGAAGGGACGUCCUAAAGACCUUUACACAGACGGAGGUAGAUCUUCAGGCGCUGUCUCAAAAAAGUUGCUCCCCACGGAGUCUGACUCCAUGGAAGUGUAUGCAGUGCCUCCAGGAAAACUUGCCAUCAGACACCCGGACAGAGGAUGCCCAUUGUUUGAAGAGAUGCAUAACGUGUUUACGAAGGAUUCAGUAGCUACCCGUGAUGUGUAUGAACUCUUCACAGAGGUGAACCAACGUCUGGGUCAGAGGAAGGACCGUAGAAAGGACGGAUACGAACAUGAUUUCCAGCCAACACCCAGAGUCAUCAAGAGAAACCUACAGCCAGUAGAUAAAGAGGAUUCAUCUGAUGACAUAGGGCGUUCUCUUCACAUUGUGAACAAUCUGACCAAGAAGUUGUAUCUCUGAUAGGGAGAUGGGAGGAGGUACAGUAAGAGGAGGAGGAGGGGGGGGGGGGG